AAAGGAAUCCAUCGGUUUCGAUCUCACCUCGUUCGCUGCCCUUUUGUUGAUUGAUCAUCAGAUGGUGCUUUGAUCGGUUCGGUCCGGUUUCUAGUUUAGGCGACUGCUUGAUCCGUUCGGUUUGGGGGUCUAGUUUGGGCGAUUCGUCUCUUGCUGUUGCGUUAGUUCUCUGAACGGCCCUUCUUUCGAUUGGAUUAUGGCUAAUUGUGAUUUGCUAUUUAAGAUUGCGAGGUCGGUUGGUUUGCUUCAGUUUCUGUUCGGUGAGAUGGAUUAUCAGCUCAAUUAAGCUGUACCGUGGAUAUUUUGGGUAUGAUCAAGCCUAGAUAAAAUGAAGUUUGUGCUCUGAAAUUGUCAUGGUUAGGAUUGCUCACUGGGCUAAGAUUAUACUUCUGUUCAUUUCAAGGUUGUGAUGCUUGUAGUUAGUGACAAUUCGGUUGCUUGCAAUUCUGUGCUCUGCGGUUUUUCCUUCAGGUCUGGUAAUUUUAUGGGAAGGUAAGUCAUAUCAGAACAUUUAAACAUGAUGGGAGAUGGUUUUCUUGGGUCUGCUCAGAGCUUUCAAAUCACCGAUGUUAAUUUGUUCAAUUCCGACAAGACUAAACUGAUGUUAAUUUGCUUAAUUCUGACAAGACUAAAGAUUAUUUGAAGAUGGUUGAGUGUUAUUGAAAUUCUAAACGGCGUCAUGUAUUGCUUUUUGGAAUUUAAAAAUUGGCAAUAUGUGCUAAAGUUUAAGUUAAACUAGGGCGUUGGAAUGAUUCUUCUGUGUCAGUUCUUAGUUAAAGUUUAACUUCAGGAUUUCUUUCACGAGGAUUUAAGGAGCUCUUUUUGACUGCCUUCACUGUGGAUUAAUUUGUCCUAGUACAGGAACUAAAGAUUACUUGCUGCUUGACCUGCUCAGUUUGAGGUGAGUAAAGAUGAGGAGCGUCCAAACUCCAGUGGAGCAGAAAUUGAGCAAUGGAGGGGGAGGAGUGGAGGCGGCGACAAUGGUGUUCGUGUACGGCACCCUGAAGCGUGGUUUCCCCAACCACCCUCUCCUCGCCGCCUCCGGUUCCCCCUUGGUUGGUGCUGCCUCCACCGCCACCCCGGCCUCGCUUGUUGUGGGGCCCUACUCUGUUCCGUUCCUCCUCCCCAGGCCAAGUUCAUCCUCCGGUAGCCAUCUCGUCUCCGGCGAGCUCUACGCCGUGUCCCCCCGCGCCCUAGUUGACCUCGAUGCCCUCGAGGGCACCCACCUGGGUGUGUAUGAGCGGCGCAAAGUGACCGUGGUAGUUGAGGGAGGAUCAGGAGAGGUAGUGGAGGCGGAGGCCUAUUUCGCACACACGAGCUACAUGGAGGCCCUGUGGCUGCGCUGCGGUGGCGAGGCAGCUGAGAUCGGCGAGUAUACCAUGGAACACGCGGCCAAAGAUUUGGAUCCGCAGUUACAAGUUGCACUAAAAGGAUAUCUGGUGGCAAGAGGCGUUAACUCCAAACUGGCAAGCUCACUUCACCACCAUUUGGUUGAGAAGGAGCGGUGGCAAUAUAUGAACUGGCUGAAAACUUUGGAAGACAUGUUCAGCCACCAUUUGGUUGAGAAGGAGCGGUGGCAAUACAUGAACUGGCUGAAAACUUUGGAAGACAUGUUCAGCAAAGAUCAUUGACAAAAAUAUUUCCAGCACUGAAGACCAUUGAAAUGUUUCCCGUCAAGGCGUCAAAUACGCACAGUUUUUGUUGUGGAAAUGCAUAGAUGCUAGCUUUGUGGAAUGCUAUUGUGGUGCUUAAUUUAGUUCCGUGGAAUGGACCACGAAAUCACCAUAUACUUUGGUCGAAUCUAAUUUUUAAAUUUCGGCUCAUUCGGUUCACAGGAUUUUCAAAACGUAGGAAUAGAAAAAACGUAGGAAUACUAUAGGAAUACAUGUGCAAACCUAUGGAUUGAAAAACACAGGAAUUUUUCC